UAAAACAGAGAAAACACGUAAGCAGCAACAAUCUCGUUGGGUAGGGGGAGAUUGCUGUGUCUCUGCGAAAAGCUCCGCCGGCCUCUCUCAGCGUCCGCUAGCUGUCCCGCUUCAUCGCAUCUUCAGAUAUUUCUGAGAAAUCGAGCUUAUUGGGUUACUUGUCGAUAUCAGGAUUUCUUCUUCCCUUCAUAUACUUUGCCAUUUAAGCAAAAUUGUUGGACUUUUUUCCUUUAACGCAGGUAUUACUGUUGUUAUUAUUAAUAUUAUUUUAAUCUAGCACGGCUUUCGAGGUUCUGAAAUCACCCAGUUUCCGUAUUCUGCUGUCUAAUUAGACAACCUCUACAAAACAAAAUGUUGGACCCGUCGUCCAGCGAGGAGGAAUCGGAUGGGAUAGUCGAAGAAGAAAGCAAAGAGGUUAUGGCACCGCAGGCCGGGUCUCGCAUCUCGCCGAGUCGGACUAGCGAGAGCUCCGGCGGGCUGCAGCCCAGCAGCCGGAGCAGCAGCGUCCGCCCGUCCAGCCCGAGCCCCUCGGCAGUGAGCGAGCAGGAAAAAGAGGACGUGGAAAAAAUGCAGAAGGAGGAAGAGGAACGAAAGAAGAAGCUGCAGCUCUAUGUCUUUGUGAUGCGGUGCAUUGCCUACCCUUUUAACGCAAAGCAACCGACCGAUAUGGCGAGGCGACAGCAAAAGAUAAGCAAACAGCAGCUGCAGACGGUGAAAGACCGCUUCCAGGCCUUCCUCAAUGGGGAGACUCAGAUCGUCGCGGAUGAAGCUUUCAUUAAUGCGGUCCAGAGCUAUUUUGAGGUGUUCCUUAAGAGUGACCGAGUUUCCAGGAUGGUCCAGAGCGGCGGCUUCUCGGCUAACGACUCGCGCGAGGUGUUCAAGAAGCACAUCGAGAAGCGCGUUCGCAGCCUGCCGGAGAUCGACGGCCUGAGCAAGGAGACGGUGCUCAGCUCCUGGAUGGCCAAGUUCGACACCAUCUACCGCGGCGAGGAGGACCCGCGCAAGCACCAGCAGCGCCUGACCGCCAGCGCCGCCUCCGAGCUCAUCCUCAGCAAGGACCAGCUCUACGAAAUGUUCCAGCUGAUCCUCGGCAUCAAGAAGUUCGAACACCAACUGCUGUACAACGCCUGUCAGCUGGAUAACCUAGACGAGCAGGCCGCUCAGAUCAGGAGAGAGCUGGAUGGACGACUGCAAAUGGCUGACCAGAUUGCGAGGGCAGGGAAGUUUCCAAAAUUUGUGUCCAAAGAGAUGGAAGCCAUGUACAUUGAGGAGCUGAAGUCCUCAGUCAACCUGCUCAUGGCUAACUUGGAAAGCAUGCCAGUGUCCAAAGGUGGGGAGUUCAAACUGCAGAAGCUGAAGAGAGGCCACAACACCUCCAUCAUCGACAUGGGGCAGGAGGACGAAAACCAGCUCUCCAAGUCUGAUGUGGUGCUCUCCUUCACUCUAGAGGUUGUGAUCAUGGAGGUGCAAGGGCUGAAGUCUUUGGCCCCCAAUCGUAUCGUUUACUGUACCAUGGAAGUGGAAGGUGGGGAGAAGCUCCAGACUGACCAGGCUGAGGCCUCAAAACCAACCUGGGGGACUCAAGGAGACUUCACCACAACACAUCCUCUUCCGGCUGUCAAAGUGAAGCUCUUCACAGAGAGCACGGGGGUGCUGGCACUUGAAGACAAGGAGCUUGGCAGAGUUGUCCUCCACCCAACCCCGAACAGCCCUAAGCAAUCUGAACUGCAUAAAAUGGCGUUGACUAAGGCCUGUCCCGACCACGAUCUAAAGAUCAAGCUGGCCAUCCGCAUGGACAAACCUCAGAACAUGAAGCACUGUGGGUAUCUCUGGGCAUUUGGAAAAAAUGUAUGGAAGAGGUGGAAGAAAAGGUUCUUCGUCCUGGUGCAGGUCAGCCAGUAUACCUUUGCCAUGUGCAGCUACAGGGAGAAGAAAGCAGAGCCCCAGGAGCUGCUUCAGCUCGAUGGGUACACUGUGGACUACACUGACCCUCAGCCAGGUCUGGAUGGCGGAAGGGCCUUUUUUAAUGCCGUGAAGGAGGGAGACACUGUGAUCUUCGCCAGCGAUGAUGAGCAGGACCGCAUCCUGUGGGUCCAAGCCAUGUACCGGGCCACUGGCCAGUCCCACAAGCCAGUCCCGCCCACCCAGGUUCAGAAACUCAACGCCAAGGGGGGCGCGGCACCCCAAAUGGACGCGCCCAUCUCCCAGUUCUCUGGACUCAAGGACGCGGACAGAGCUCAGAAACAUGGGAUGGAUGAAUUUAUCUCCGCGAACCCAUGUAGCUUUGACCACGCCUCGCUUUUCGAGAUGGUUCAACGGCUCACCCUGGACCACAGGCUCAAUGACUCCUACUCCUGUCUGGGCUGGUUCAGCCCUGGCCAGGUGUUCGUUCUGGAUGAGUACUGCGCACGGAACGGGGUGAGGGGAUGCCACAGACACCUGUGUUACCUGGGCGACCUGCUGGAGAGAGCUGAAAAUGGAGCCAUGAUUGACCCCACCCUCCUGCACUACAGCUUUGCCUUCUGCGCCUCGCAUGUCCAUGGCAACAGGCCAGACGGAAUAGGGACUGUAAAGGUUGACGAGAAAGAGCGAUUUGAGGAGAUAAAAGAGCGGUUGCGGGUGCUCUUGGAGAACCAGAUCACACACUUCAGGUAUUGCUUCCCUUUUGGCCGUCCUGAAGGAGCAUUAAAAGCAACUUUAUCUUUACUAGAAAGGGUCCUAAUGAAGGACAUUGUAACACCAGUUCCACAAGAGGAGGUUAAAACCGUGAUCCGCAAAUGCCUGGAGGAAGCAGCCUUGGUCAACUACCAGCGUCUGUCUGAGUAUGCCAAAGUGGAAGGGAAAAAGAGAGAAAUGUUUGAGCACCCUGUCUUCUGCUUGGCGUCUCAAGUGAUGGAUUUAACCAUUCUUGAGAAAGAUCAAAAGGAUCAGAAGGAUCCAGAAAACGCAGCCCGCUUAGUAACGCCUGCCAAAAAACUGGAAGACACUAUUCGCCUGGCGGAGCUAGUGAUCGAAGUUCUUCAGCAGAACGAGGAGCACCACGCGGAGGCUGCAGUCACAAGUACUGGAGAUCAAUCGGGAAAAGAGGCCUUUGCCUGGUGGUCGGACCUGAUGGUGGAACACGCCGAGACCUUCCUGUCCCUCUAUGCAGUGGACAUGGAUGCCGCACUGGAGAUCCAGCCGCCCGACAGCUGGGACAGCUUCCCUCUCUUCCAGCUACUCAACGACUUCCUUCGGACAGACUAUCACCUGUGCAACGGAAAGUUCCACAAACACCUUCAGGAUCUGUACGCUCCACUGGUGGUUAGAUACGUCGACCUGAUGGAGUCAUCCAUUGCACAGUCAAUACAUAGGGGCUUUGAGCGGGAGUCGUGGGAACCCGUGAAGAGUUUAACAAGUAAUCUGCCCAAUGUGAAUCUUCCAAAUGUGAAUCUCCAAAUUCCCAAAGUACCAAACCUACCAGUGCCAGUAGCAGGACUAUCAGUUAACCUUCCACAAAUGCCUAGCUUUUCAACCCCGUCUUGGAUGGCCGCGAUAUAUGACUCUGACAAUGGCUCCGGGACCUCAGAAGACCUUUUUUGGAAGCUGGAUGCCCUGCAGACCUUCAUCCGAGACUUGCACUGGCCUGAAGAGGAGUUUGCCAAGCACCUGGAGAACCGCCUCAAACUCAUGUCCAGUGACAUGAUCGAGUCCUGCGUAAAACGCACCAGGGCUGCUUUUGAGUCGAAGCUUCAGAAGAGCAGCCGGUCGACAGACUUCCGCAUCCCGCAGUCAAUAUGCACCAUGUUCAAUGUGAUGGUGGAUGCCAAGGACCAGUCUGCCAAACUGUGCGCCUUGGAGAUGGGCCAGGAGUUUGUUAAAGAGCGGAAACAGUACCAUUCCAAAAUUGACGAGCUCAUUGAGGAAUCUGUCAAGGAGAUGAUUGCCCUUCUGGUGGCAAAGUUUGUAGUGAUUCUGGAGAGCGUCCUGGCGAAGCUGUCCAGAUAUGAUGAAGGCACACUCUUCUCCUCAUUUCUAUCUUUCACAGUGAAAGCAGCCUCAAAGUAUGUGGAUGUUCCUAAGCCCGGGAUGGACGUAGCUGACGGCUACGUGACCUUCGUGCGCCACUCUCAGGACAUUCUGCGAGAUAAGGUCAAUGAGGAGAUGUAUAUAGAAAGGUUAUUUGAUCAAUGGUACACCAGCACCAUGAAUCUGCUGGGAACCUGGCUGACUGACCGCAUGGACCUGCAGCUCCACGUCUACCAGCUUAAAAUCCUCAUCCGGAUCGUGAAGAAAAAGUACCGCGAUUUCCGCCUGCAAGGCGUGCUCGAUUCCACUCUCAACAGUAAAAUGUAUGACACCGUGCGGAAUCGCCUCAUCAUGGAAGAAGCCGCGGCAUCCGUCCGGGAAGGCGGAAUGCAAGGCAUAACCAUGAAGGACAGCGAUGAGGAGGAUGAAGAAGAUGAUUAGAGCCUCUUUUGAAUAAGCCUGGUAACCAAUGCAUGUACCAACUCUGUUAUUCAGUUAGCCACUCUAGGAGAUUUUUUCUGUCAGCUCUAAUUGCCCAUGAAGAAACUAUAACAAUAAAAUGAUAGUUAUAAUAAUAAUAAAUAAAAAAAAUAGUAACAAUAAAGAAAAAAAAAUAAGAUUGACAUUUUAGCUGUGAUAUAAAAGUUAGCACCAAUCUUUGAAUCAUUUAUUUCUGAAUUCAUUUCUAUGUGUUCCCUAAGCAAUAUCGAGUACCAUUCAUUUGACAGUUUGUUGAGUGAGAUGAAUAGAAAUACUGCUAGGUGUGUCCCUGUUAAAUGCAAACUUAUAUGGCGCUUCUUAAACGUAACUUUACAUUCAUUGAUGGUACGUUGUCGUGAAGAUGAGUGUAUGGACCCAUUGAUUUAUCUCUUGUUUUUAAGUGGAUGCCGACUGCUUAAAAUGAAAUGAACCUCUGUAUUUACGUUCGAUGCUGUUAAGAAUCUGUGUUUCCAUCGUCAGCGCACCUUUGAUGUCACUUUACCUUUUUAAGAGUUAUGUUCUGCUUUUAAGUCAACAUCUCUGUUGCCUGGCCUCGCCAUCCACCAAUAAGAUGUUGUCGAGAAACCAUUUUGGUUUAAAUGAGUUGGUAUUUUAGAAACGCAAUAUCCUCAUAGCCACAUUGUGAUACCUUGUUGCAAAUUAUAUAUUUUUUUUAGGUUGGAACUAAUUUACAACUUCAAAAUUGUUAUAUUUUAGUUAUGUAGCACUUUUAUGUAAUCUAUUUAAAGACAAAAGAAAACUUUAAGAAAUGAUGUCCCUUUUGUCUAACUUAAUAAGCCAUUCCUGAAAAUUUCCUUGUUUUAAUUUUUUUGUUAGUUAUUUGUUUUGUUUUGUUUUUUAUUUCAAUAUUACAAGAUGUCAGACAGCAGUUCCUUUUGUCCCACAAUUGUUUUGUAUAUACAAUGCUGUACAUUGCAUUUUGAGCUGUAUCUGCAUGCUCCUGGGGGUUCUCUCUCUCCCUUUCUAAAAGCUUUUGUUUCUGUGUGAAUUACCUGGUGGAUUCAUUCUUGCUUUUGCCUUAUAAAAGCCUACAGUUGUAAUAUGCAAGAGCUGUGGCUUCUAAAUAAAAUUAACUGUACAAACACACAGUUG